CUAGCUGAACCUAGUCUCGGUACUCCUACCAGACUUCUUGUUUUGAAGGCAAUAGGGUCUUCCUUCAACUCUGAGAAAGCCCUGAAAGAGUUCGUAAAGAUGACUCUAGUGGGUGUAGGCAAGACAGGUUACCAGGUGCUAUCAGAGAUACUGUUACACUCCCCAACUGAGAGAGUCAGCAAUGCUGCUACUGUGCUCCUCAACAGGGUGCACUUGUACGAACUACUGUUAUGCAUCAAGUUGUCCGCUCAGAAGUGUGUAAAACUCUCUCAAGAGAGCAAGAGGAUGGACGAGAACAGCAGAGUACUGACAGGAGAGUACAACAGUAUCUCCCAGGCUCUCUCUACCUUGGUGGAACAGUACCUGGAUAAACCUCACUGUCUCGCUUUCCCUAACAUCAAGACAUUCCCUCAGGAUAAAGUUUCUCCUGAGACCUCUAAUGAUGGGUUCAUAUACCUGCUGACCCUGCUGGAGGGGAUGCUGACAAUAGAGAGUGUAGCUUUGGUUAUGAGUAUACCUGUCAUUAGACGUAGUGUCAAUCUUAGCCAGGAUCUUCAUGAGUUUAUCAUGACUCUACUUGGCUCAUAUAACGGUUGCAUGUUCCUAGCGUCCCGCUCGGACACCUGCCACCUCCUCAUCAGAACCCUGCUUGAUAACGUGGAACCGGACCUGGUGGUCACUGAACUACCCACCUUCGGGCAGAUAAAACAUGCCGGGGUAAAGCUGAGCUCACACAGUCUGGGACUGUUGCUGACGGUACAUCUCCAGGCUAUCCAGCUGCUGGAUAGGGUGCUGGCUGUGGCUGUUAAGGAGCCCUUCACUGAUGACUCUAGUAUGGUGUCAGCCCUGUCCUACAUAGCAGCUCUCUUGAUGGUACCUGCUGGUAGAGCAGCCUACUUCACUCUUCUAUCUGCUGAGAACAACAUGACCGCCCUUCUUACCUUCCUUACUGUACAGGUAGGUCACCAGGUUACCAGGUUACCAGGUUACCAGGUUAUCAGGUCACCAGGUUACCAGGUCACAGUACCAGCGUUGGUGACCAGUUUCCAUCAGGUUCUACCAACUUACCAGUACCGUCCACUUCAUCAAGGUAAACCUUCCUUACUACUGUACAGUCUCCAUUCAGUACAGUACAAGCGAGGACCGGAUCUAUCAAUCUACCAGUACUAA